AUGGAAAACUGGAGUAGAAGCAAAACGAGAGAUCUACACUCUAGAGUUACCGUUGGGAAAAAAAGACACAUUUUAGAGAUCGUCGAAAAGGAAGGCUGGACAUGCACGGAGAAACCGAAAAUCACUAAUACGGACAGUGCUGGGACGGAACCCGAUAAAGAGAAGACUAAUGAAAAGACUUGCAAC